AUGGGAAAAGGAACCGACAAGCUAUACAUCACCCACUCCGAGUGGUCCUCCUCGGAUGCAUUCGGUAACGCGCGCGGCGCAAACAGCGCAAAUCGAGCCUCCGCUGCCGGCCUAUCCUCGACCUUCAAGCGCCUACCCUUCAACUACUGCGCCGUCUCGCUCCAGCCCUUCACAGACCCCGUGUGCACAUUAUCGGGCACCAUAUUCGAUCUCACCCACAUCCUUACAUGGCUAUCGAAACACCUCGACACGAAUCCCGUCGACGGAACGCCGUUGAAGCGUGCCGACCUCAUUACGCUGAACUUCACCAAGAACGAAGACGGCGAAUUCGUUGACCCAGUCACAUACAAGGUCUUCACAGACAACACACACAUCGUUGCGCUGAGAAAGAGCGGCAACGUCUUCGCAUGGGACACAGUUGAGAGACUGAACAUCAAGGCGAAGAAUUGGCAGGAUCUGGUCAGCGAUGACCCGUUUACACGAAAAGAUAUCAUCACGCUUCAGGACCCUCAGAGCAUCGAGUCAAGAGACUUUAGCUCAUAUAAGCAUGUGAAGGACGGAGACACAGUGGUAGCAGAGGCGGAGACCGGCGUGAACAGAGACGCGCUGGGCAACGCUGCGAAGAUUCUCAAGGCGAAAGAAGCAGUUGCGAAGGCGCGCGAAAACAGGAAGAUCAAGGAACAAAGUGGCAUUACAUCGAAGGCGCUGGCGAAUCUACCCAGGAACGGCACAGCAGCAUCGACAUCCUCCGAGCCCAAGAAACCAGCAUACAACGCCGCCGUAUAUACCUCCGGUAAAGCUGCUGCGUCCUUCACCUCGACCGGCGUCACCCCGCAUACCUCUGGCGAACGCGCCCUCCUCUCCGACGAAGACUACAUGCUCAAGCCGAAGCGCAUAAAGAACAAGGGUUAUGCACGCAUUUCCACCUCACUCGGCGAUCUCAACGUCGAACUCCUCCCCGAAUACGCACCGCGCGCGGUCUGGAACUUUGUCAAGCUAGCACAGAAGGGAUACUACAGCCACACCAUCUUCCAUAGGAAUAUCAAGGGCUUCAUGAUACAAGGAGGUGAUCCGACGGGCACUGGAAGAGGCGGGCAAAGCAUAUGGGGCAAGCCAUUCGAAGACGAGUUCGAGGGGCCGGAGAGGCACAACACCAGAGGCGUACUCAGUAUGGCGAACAAGGGCAAGGGAACCAACACGAGCCAGUUCUUCAUCACGUACCGCGCCGUGCCGCAUCUCGACCGCAAACACACCAUCUUUGCACGAGUAGUCGGUGGUUUGGAUACCACACUGCGGUCCAUGGAGAUCGCAGAAGUCGGCGAGAAGGACAAGCCUGUCGACGACAUUGAGAUACUAGACGUAGUAGUCUUUGUAGACCCGUUCGAAGAAUGGCAGAAGGAGCGCAAAGACAAGGAGAACAAAGAGCUGGAGGCUGAGGAAAUCAAGAGGCAAGGCGGCACAGCGGAUGACAAGACAACAUGGACAGGCAAGCGCAUACGCGCAGAUGGCACUGUGGAGAACGGCACGGGUGAAGGUCUCGGCGUAGGCAAGUAUCUCCAAGCUGCGAAACAGGAGAUACAAAAUCAGGGCGACGAUGAGAUCGUCGGAUACGUGGAUGAUGAGGAGGAUGUUGCGCCCGUUAAGAAGAAAGCUAAGACUAGUGGUUUUGGCAACUUUGACGCCUGGUAA